AUGAGUGUCGAAUCCAACACGCUCACGCUCUUUGCGCUUGACAUUUCUUCUCACAUGGGAGAGACUCGUCAGGUUGAGGAUCACAUUGUCACUGAAAACCAAUCUGUGCAACGACGCACUCGUUCCACCACCAAUCUGCAAUGGGUUUGCGAGUUCGUCUCGUCACGCAUAGCGGAGAUCAUCCUUCGUGGCCUCAAAACAACGCGCGUCGGCAUCAUCACCUACGGCUCGCCACGCACCAACAAUUCCAUCCCUGACUCACCCAUCGACUACCAGGGCAUCGACGAAGUCUGUUGGCCCGCGCUUCCCACACUCGACACGUUGGAUUUGGUCCAAAGCCUUCGGGCAGUUCAUCCGGACCAAGAAGCGCCACUCGCCGAUCCUCUGGCUGCGCUCGUCGACGCAAUUCAGCUUUCCUCCGAUCCACAAAAGGGUGGCAUCAAACCGUCCCAAAAGAACACGUGGAAGCGCACUGUCUAUCUCGUUACAGAUGGUCGAUCAAAAUUUGGCUUUGAUGGUGCGGAGGCGAUCAGCAACAAGCUCAAGGACGAGAACAUCACGUUGCGCCUGCUUGGUGUCGACUUUGACGAUCCUCACUUCGACAUCAAGCUCGAGCCGAAAGACAAGAUCAAGCAGAAGAACGAACGCUUUUGGCAAAACUUCCUGGCUCAGAUUCCCACCGCCGGAUUUGCAACCGCCGCUUCGGCCAUCGCCCAAGCUUCAAUGCCAAACGUGCAAAUCACAAAGCCAGCGCCGUCCAAAACCAUCCUAAGCUUUGGCGAUCCGGAAGACCUCUCCUCCAAUGGAUCCUUUCAAAUCCCUAUCAGUCUGUACAAGAUGACCGACCCUGCUCGACCAAUGACCCAGUCCAAGAUAUCCAAGCUUGCACGCGAAAGUGCAGAGGCAGCAGAAGAGCGCAAACGCGAAGACGCAAGGCGCAACCAUCUCAACCCCACCUCGACACCUGUAGCCCCCGUCAAAGACGAGGAACCAGAAUCAUCCAUCGUGUAUCGCGCCGAUCUCAAGCGAGAAUUCUUCCUUCUCGAUGAACUUGCCGCUGUCGCCAACACCAACAAGCUGCCUGAGCCGCUUCCACCUCAGUCGGAUGCAAAUUUUACGAGAGCGUGGAAGCUUGGUGCCAGCCUUAUCCCCGUCCCCGAAGAAUCCUUUGGCAACAUGGACACGCACAAAAGCAUGGAGAUCCUUCACUUUUUCAACGCAUCCGCCUACCGAAGAGAGUAUAACAUGGAUCAGAUCUGGUACGUCUUUGCCGAUCAUGCACAAAUAAAGUCUCAGCUCCAGAUUUCGACGCUCGUUCGCGCCAUGGCUGAGUUGGAUGUGCUGGCAGUAGUCAGACUUGUUAGGAAGGAUGGCGCCGAGCCCGAAUUGGGCAUGCUCAAACCCAAAGUGGAAGAGCACAACGAGUACUUUUUCUACUCUAAAGCGCCUUUCCGCGAAGACUUGCGCAGGUUUCCUUUCCCUCCUCUGGACAGAAUCGUCACCACAGAUGGCACAGAGCUGCGUCAAGGUCCCAACAUUCCGGACGAAGCAGAUCAGGAGGCCAUGGAUGCAUUCGUAGACAGUCUCGAGCUGCCAGAUCCAUGGUUUGACGUGCUCGAUUCCUAUAAUCCAGCCAUCCACGGUCUCAAGACUGCCGUUCGUCAGCGUUUCAUCCACCCAGACCGCAACGAUCUGCCCGGCCCUCACCCGGAACUGGUCAAGUACCUCGAAGCGCCCUCCCAAGUGAGAACAGCAGCGACCCAGGCAGCGCAAAUGUGUCGCCAAAGGUUCAAGAUCGCCUACAUACCGCCACGGGGCAACGCCGACCGGAAGAAGCGCACCCUUAACGCUAUGCAGAAUGAUGAAAACGAUCGGAACAGAGCUAUGGCAUCAUCGUCUUCGAAGACAGUGGCAACAGCUUCGCGCGAAGACGCAGGGGCCGCAAGCAAAGCGCCCCGAAUCGAAGCUACCGCAACAGCUAGCACUCAGAGUGGGAAUCUUGUGCUUGACGAAGAUUCUGAUGCGACUGAGGACGAAGACGAUUCAGCCCCUGUCGCAGCUUCUGUGAAGAUCGAGCAGGCCACUCAGCCAUCAGCAAACGCUCUGAAGCAAACGCUCUUACGUCUCUCCGAUCCAGUCAAACAUCUCUUCGAACUGGUCGAGAAGGACGAUAUCACUUCAGCAAUCAACUCGCUUGAGUCUACGCUCCACCAUCUCGUCAGCGAGAAAAAGUACACGAUGGCAGCUGAAUGCAUAAAGGUGGGAAAAAAGGUGGCACAGGAGUACGAGGAAGCGAUCAAUUGGAAUCUGUUCAUUCGCUCCUUCAAGAAGAUUCUCUUGAAAGACCAUAGAGCGUUCUGGGAGGAAAGCAUCCAUGGCAAGUUGGAGUACGGGCUGGUGACCGAGGAAGAAGAUGAGGCAAGGCAGUCGGAUGUAACGACGGCAGAUGCGAGGGAGUUUGUCGACACCGACGAGAUUUGA